AUGAAGCCAGUGCAGGUUGUCACCAUUUGGUGGGUGCUACUGCUGGUGUCCAGGCUGGGGGCCACCAGGAAGGGAUCCCCAGAAGAGGCCUCCUUCUACUAUGGAACCUUCCCACUGGGCUUCUCCUGGGGCGUGGGCAGUUCCGCCUUCCAGACAGAGGGCGCCUGGGACCAGGACGGGAAAGGGCCUAGCAUCUGGGAUGCCUUCACACACCGCGGGAAGGGGAAGGUGCUUGGGGAUGAGACAGCAGAUUUGGCCUGUAAUGGCUACUAUAGGGUCCAGGAGGACGUUGCUCUGCUGAGGGAGCUGCACGUGAGCCACUACCGAUUCUCGCUGUCUUGGCCCCGACUCCUACCCACGGGCGUCCGAGCUGACCAGGUAAACGAGAAGGGAAUCAAAUUCUACAGCGAUCUCAUCGAUGCCCUUCUGAAGAGCAACAUCACCCCCGUCGUGACCUUGCACCACUGGGACCUCCCGCAGCUACUCCAGGUCAAGUACGGCGGGUGGCAGAACGUGAGCAUGGCCAACUACUUCAGCGAUUAUGCCAAUCUGUGCUUUGAGGUCUUUGGGGACCGGGUGAAACACUGGGUCACUUUCAGUGAUCCUCGGACAAUGGCAGAAAAAGGCUAUGAGACGGGCCACCACGCGCCAGGCCUGAAGCUCCACGGCACGGGCCUGUACAAGGCAGCACACCACAUCAUUAAGGCCCACGCCCAAGCCUGGCACUCUUACAACAGCACGUGGCGCGGCAAGCAGCAAGGUCUGGUGGGGAUUUCAUUAAACUGCGACUGGGGGGAACCUAUGGACAUUAGCAACCCCAAGCACGUAGAAGCUGCCGAGAGAUACCUCCAGUUCUGCCUGGGCUGGUUUGCCAACCCCAUUUAUGCCGGUGACUACCCCCAAGUCAUGAAGGACCGUAUAGGAAGAAAGAGUGCGGAGCAAGGCCUGGAUAUGUCGAGGUUACCGGCGUUCUCACUCCAGGAAAAGCGUUACAUUAAAGGCACCUCUGAUUUCUUGGGACUGGGUCAUUUUACUACUCGGUACAUCACGGAGAGGAACUACCCCUCCCGCCAGGGGCCCAGCUACCAGAACGAUCGUGACCUAGUAGAACUGGUUGACCCAAACUGGCCGGAUCUGGGGUCUAAAUGGCUAUAUUCUGUGCCAUGGGGAUUCAGGAGGCUCCUCAACUUUGCUCAGACUCAAUAUGGCGAUCCUCCCAUAUAUGUGACAGAAAAUGGAGCGUCUCAAAAGUUACACUGUUCUCAAUUAUGUGAUGAGUGGAGAAUUCACUACCUUAAAGGAUACAUAAAUGAAAUGCUAAAAGCUAUAAAAGAUGGUGUUAAUAUAAAAGGGUAUACUUCCUGGUCUUUGUUGGAUCAGUUUGAAUGGGAGAAAGGAUACUCAGAUAGAUAUGGAUUCUACUAUGUCGAAUUUAACAACAGAAAUAAGCCGCGCUAUCCAAAGGCUUCAGCUCAAUAUUACAAGAAGAUUAUCACUGCCAAUGGGUUUCCCAAUCCAAGAGAGGUGGAAAGUUGGUACCUUGAAGCCUUGGAAACUUGCUCUAUCAACAGCCAGAUGUUUGCUGCAGAGCCUGCGCUACGUCACAUGCAGAUGGUGACGGAGAUCACGGUCCCUACGGUCUGCAGCCUCUGUGUCCUGCUCGCUGCCGUUCUCCUAAUGCUCCUCCUGCGGAGCCAGAGCUGAGACACGGGUACCCACUUGGUAGCUUCAUCCUUCACAGAGAAUCUUCAGGACCUUCCUCCUUUUUCUGCUUCAAAGGUUUAUAUACAUGUCUGUUUUCAGGAUCUGUAA